AGUCUGGCUAGGGCAAUGACACUUAGGCGUUUAUUGUCUAAUGUGAAAAAGAAGGAAAAUCAGUCUAUGGAAAAUUAUUUAAGAGAAAUUCAUGCGUUAGUAAGCGAAUUAGCUACAAUAAAUUCUCCUGUGUCCGAUAAAGAAGUUCUGCAAACCACACUUAUGGCGCUCGGACCAGAAUAUGAAUCCACCAUGGGCACUAUUUCUCUUUUCCCCGAUAAUUUCCCGCCAGACAUUCUUCACCGGAGCUUGUUAGAAGCCGAACAGAGGGUCCUAUAUCUUCGUCAGCAAAAUACUCCACCUGCUUACCAAGCGUUCGGUGUUCAAGAUCGAGAAAAUGCCCCACGUGGUGGCCGUGGUGGCCGCGGCAGGGGUGGCCGUGGAAGAAACGGCCGCGGCAGAGGCCGUGGUUACCACCAGUACGGCCAGCAACCACCGCUCGGCCACGGGCAGCAGCACUCAGCUCCGCAGCAGGGACCGCAACCGGGACAGCACCAUCAGCAGGGGUUCGGCCAGCAACAACUGAGACCUCCUAAUGCAGGCUCUUCAUCAACUGAGGGAAUUCUUGGGGCAAUUCCCCCACCCGUUGUGUGUCAAAUCUGUUUUUCUGCAGGCCAUUCUGCAAUCAACUGUCCCUCUCGUUUUUCUCCAUCUACUGCACCUGUUCUUCUGAUCUCACCGGUCAAGCUAAUGAAGCUCUGUGGUAUCCAGACACUGGUGCCUCUGCUCAUAUGACUUCCUCUGAAGGACAAAAUUUCGGGGGCGGUUCUUCUUCGGGCAACAACUAAUGGCCAU